AGUGCCUUGCCUAUUCAACACUAUUGCUUUAUAAAAAGAGCAACAAGUCAGGGUAAUUCAGUCUUCUUCAAUUAUCAUGGAUUUAGCCUCUGGUCUCCCAGCAAUUGUUGUAGGCUCUUUAGGAUUGUUCAUAUUGUACAAUCUAUGGUGGACUAUUUGUAGCCACAAGACGGAGGGCAAAUUACUUGUCCGACAACCCCCUGGUGCCUUACCUUUCAUAGGCCACCUUCACCUGCUUCGUGCCCAACAAACAGGUGCUCGAACCCUUGCGGCCCUGGCGGAUAAAUAUGGACCCGUCUUCACAAUCCGGCUCGGUAGAUCCCACGCCUGUGUCGUCAGCAGCCCGGAAGCUGUCAAAGACUGUUUCACCAUUAAUGAUAAGGUCUUUGCCGAUCGGCCAAGAUCGAAUGCAGGGACAUACCUGGCUUACGACCAUGCAGGCUUUGGGUUUGCUUCUUACGGAACGUAUUGGCUUGAGAUUCGUAAGCUAGCCGUGGUUGAACUCUUCUCGGUCCAUAGAUUAGCGUUAUUAAAGCAGGUACGGGCCUCGGAGGUGAAUGCAUUUAUUAAAAAUUUGUACUUGUUUUGCAAGAAAAAUGAGCAGGUUCCAAACCAGAAUAUCUCGGUCGGUCCGAGGCUUGAAGUUUUGGUUGUAAACAUGAUGGUGAGAAUGAUUGCUGGGAAGAGAUAUUUCACGGGUGCUGAUGGCGAAGUCCAUGAAGAAGCAAAGCAUCUCAUCAAGUUGAUUAAAGAAUUUGCUUCAGUUUUAGCCACUACUGCAGUUUCAGAAGUGUUUCCGUUUCUAAAAUGGAUGGAUAAAUGGAGCAACCAAGUGAAAUCCAUGAAGCGUAUUUCAAAGGAGAUGGAGUCGCUUAUCGAAACUUGGGUCGAUGAACACAAACUAAAGAAGCUUAAAACAGAAGAAAACAACAGCAACCAAGAUUUCAUCGACGUGAUGCUCUCUACGAUAAAGGAUGGUCAUGCCAUGUCCGGUCAUACACGCGAGAAGAUUAUCAAGGCAACGAUAACGAUGUUAAUCAUAGCAGGGAUUGACACCACGGCCAUUGCAAUGACAUGGAUAUUGUCCAACUUGAUGAACAAUAGGCACGCUUUGAAGCGUGCUCAACAAGAGCUAGACCUCAAAAUCGGUCGAGACAGAUGGGCAGAAGACUCUGAUAUGGAGAAAUUAAACUAUCUCCAAGCCAUUAUUAAGGAAACAUUUCGUCUCUAUCCACCAGUGCCAAUGUUAAUGCCUCAUGUCCUCAGGGAAGAUUGUUGUGUCAGCGGCUACCACAUUCCACAGGGCACUCGUUUAUUUGUGAAUGCCUGGAAGUUGCACCGAGACCCACGGGUUUGGUCGAACCCCGAGGAGUUUGAGCCGGAAAGAUUUCUCACGAGCCAUCGAAACGUGAAUGUUUUGGGACGGAACUUUGAGCUGACUCCAUUUGGUUCUGGUAGACGAUCAUGCCCGGGAAUUAAGUGGACGUUGCAGGCUGUACAUUUGACAAUGGCUCGGUUGCUUCAAGGUUUUGACUUAACUACACCCUUAGAUGCUCCCGUUGAUAUGACUGAAUCCCAAGGUGCAAGUGCAACCAUGCCUAAAGCCACUCCUCUUGAACUUGUCCUCGCACCUCGCCUUCCUCCUCAUCUUUAUCACCUCUAGAUGCAGUACAUGCAAAUAAAUAAAUACAAUAUAUAAAAUCCUAAACCCUAAUACUUAGAUAAAGAGAGAAAAUAAAUCAGAGCCGAGCAAUCCAUUGACUUGGUUUAGGUUCGGUUAUGGGGAAACAAAUAUUAUUUGCUAUGUAAAUCCAACUUUUCGUAUAUCUACUUAUAACUAUAAUAUAAACCUAAUUUAUGUGAAAUAAA